AUGGCUGACACAAGAGGGGCGAUGGCUGUUCGGAGGGAUCAAGAACGGUGUUACGUAUGUGCCUGUGCUCUAUAUCGAAACCGGUCUGAAGUGGCUGCCAUGGCCAGCAGUUGUCCUGUCCUGGCGCUGGCGCUGGCGUCCUUUGCAGUGGGACGCUGGGCAUUGAUGAUAUUUGCGACGGUGGCUUUUCUCUACAUCGGCUUUAUGGGGCUUUGGGAAAACACCAUAGACACCAUUGCGUUGAUGGUAGUGGCGGUAGCGUUGUCGGUGGCGGUUGGGCUGCCGCUGGGCGUGCUGGCCGCGCGCAACCAGACUGCGGACCGCAUUCUGCGCCCAAUCCUGGACGGGAUGCAGACCAUGCCGAGCUUUGUGUACCUGCUGCCGGGGAUUCUGUUCUUCGGGCUGGGCAAGCCGGCGGGUAUAUUCGCCACCAUCAUCUACGCGGUUCCGCCGGUAAUCCGGCUGACCAACCUGGGCAUCCGGCAGGUGUCCCCGGAAACGGUGGAAGCGGCGCGGUCUUUCGGGGCCUCGCCAUUGCAGAUUCUCUCGAAGGUGCAAGUGCCGAUGGCGCUCCCCACUAUCAUGGCCGGCAUCAACCAGACUACCAUGCUCGCUCUGUCAAUGGUAACCAUCGCAAGCAUGGUAGCGGCCGGCGGCCUGGGUGACAACGUGCUGCGGGCUAUCCAAAAGAACGAAGUGGGCAAGGGGAUAAUCGCCGGGUUGGCUAUCGUGUUCAUGGCUAUCGUAAUCGACCGCCUCACGCAGUCGGUAGCGAGAAGCCGUCAGGAAGCAUUGUCCGGAGGGCUUUGA